UUAUUAUCAUCGUCGAAGUAGAUUACCGUGAGAGAAAACGACGUCGAUUCGAAGAAAGAAGAUGGAUAAACAACCGGCGAGCAGCUGGAGUAUCCAUACCCGGCCGGAGAUAAUCGCAAAGUACGAGAUCUUCGAGCGAGUCGGAUCCGGAGCCUACGCCGACGUUUACAGAGCUCGCCGUCUCUCCGACGGUCUAAUCGUAGCGCUCAAGGAGAUCUUCGAUUACCAGUCUGCCUUCCGAGAGAUUGAUGCCCUCACAAUCCUCUCUGGAUCUCCUAAUGUCGUCGUUAUGCACGAGUACUUCUGGCAUGAGGACGAGAACGCUGUGCUUGUGCUCGAGUUCCUCAGGUCGGAUCUCGCCGUGGUGAUACGAGAUGCUAAGAGGAAGAAGAAGAAGAAGAAUAUGGGAGAAGAAGAAGGAGGUGUUGGGUUCUCCGUUGGUGAGAUUAAGAGAUGGAUGAUUCAGAUUUUGAUUGGUGUUGAUGCUUGUCAUAGGAAUUUGAUUGUACAUAGAGAUUUAAAGCCUGGGAAUAUGUUGAUAUCUGAUGACGGUGUGCUUAAGCUUGCUGAUUUUGGUCAGGCUAGGAUACUCAUGGAGCCUGACAUUGUAGCUUCAGAUGAUAAUAAACUAGAAGACAAAGAUGGAGAAACUAGUAUAGAACCACCAGAAGUGAUUCCUGAUUAUGAGAACUCACCUCGGCAAGGCUCUGAUGGUAAGGAGCUGGAAGCGAUGAGUAAAGACGAAUAUUUUCGACAGGUGGAAGAGUUAAAGGCUAAACAGGUUGUAAGAGAUGAUACUGAUAAGGAUUCGAAUGUGCAUGAUGGAGAUACAUCUUGCCUUGCAACGUGUACUGUGAGUGAAAUGGAUGAUGAUCUCGGUGGGAACUCGUUUACCUAUGAUGCUGAUGAAGCAUUGGAUGAAACAGAGGGUUUGAUGACAUCUUGUGUGGGAACUAGAUGGUUUAGGCCACCAGAACUUCUUUAUGGAUCUACAAUGUAUGGGUUAGAGGUUGAUUUAUGGUCGCUUGGUUGUGUGUUUGCUGAGCUCUUGUCUCUUGAGCCUUUGUUCCCAGGGAUUUCAGAUAUUGAUCAGAUCAGCAGAGUAACCAACGUGCUGGGAAAUUUAAAUGAAGAGGUCUGGCCAGGUUGUGUCGAUCUUCCAGACUACAAGUCGAUCUCAUUUGCUAAAGUAGAAUCUCCUCUUGGUAUAGAAGGCUGUCUUCCUAACCAUUCUGGAGAUGUGAUAUCGCUACUCAAGAAGCUUAUCUGUUAUGAUCCAGCUAGUAGAGCUACUGCUGUAGAGAUGUUGAAUGACAAAUAUUUCAGUGAAGAGCCUCUUCCAGUUCCAGCUUCUGAGCUCUAUGUGCCUCCGACAAUGAGUGGGCCAGAUGAGGAUUCUCCUAGAAAGUGGAAUGAUUACAGAGAAAUGGAUUCAGAUUCAGAUUUUGACGGCUUUGGACCUGUGAAUGUGAAGCCUACCAGUAGUGGAUUUACAAUAGAAUUCACCUAACCCCGAAUGACAAUUAAGAUCGAUUACAUUCGGCGGUUCCAUGGUUGAGAAUCUUGAUCCUUGCGACGUCCCCAGAAUUCGCUUACUCUGCCAAAAUUGUGUUGUGUGUGUUCUUCUUCUCUCUUCCACUCUCGCUGGUAUAGAAAACGGUAACAAUUACAACUAGAAAGUUGGUGUCAGGCUUUGGUAGCCUUAAGCUAGCUAAAGAGCUAGUUUUCUUGUUUACCAGGCCAAUCUUUACCCUAUUUUUCUGUCUGAAGUAAACAGUGAGAAAAGAAUUAAAAAUCUAUCUCCUCUGAGUUUUGCUACCUGUGUUCUGUAUUUCAUCAAAAAAAAAUUUCCUAUAUCUCAUCUUUGUAUGUAACUGUUUGCCAAUUUUGCACUUUUCAUUCA